AUUGCCCCCGCGAGUGUGAUUAAAAGUGCGCUGAAAUAGUAUUUUUCAGUGAAUCUUUUCCUCCUCGUGCAGCAAUAUUAAGCAAAAUCUGUGUGAAUCGAAGAAAUUAGCGUCUGUGCAGAGAAAGGUGAAAAGGAGAAGAAGACUUUCUCUCUGGUGUAUUUGUGAGGUUAUGUGAGGAAAGCACGGCGUGAAAGUCCUGGAAGAAUGUUUAACAAACCGACAUUUGGAGCGGCUUCAACUUCUGGGUUUGGGUUCAACAACGCCGCCACGCCGAGUCCCUUCGGGCAGUCGACCUUUGGGAAGCCGGCCACCACGAGCUUCGGGCAGACGGCCGCCUUUGGCCAGCCCAGCUCUUCGCUGUUUGGCGGCAAUCAGCCUUCCGGAGGACUCUUUGGCUCCGCCAAUCCGUCCCCGUUUGGAGCUCCGCAAGCGACCACGCAAUCCGGCUUUGGAGGCUUCGCUCAGCCGACCAACACGUCAGUGUUCGGCAAUGCGGGCACCAACCAGAACACCUCCAUCUUCGGCCAGUCGGGCACUUCGGCCUUCGGUGCUGCCAAGCCGUCUGGAUUUGGAUUCGGGAGCAGUCAACCCACGGCAUCCAUCUUUGGCCAGGCGAGCACUUCCACCGCGACCGGAGCUGGCUUCUUUGGCCAACAGAAUGCGGCCGGCAGCUCGAUCUUCGGCGCCACGCCAACUCCGGCUUUCGGAGCCACGGUGACGGGCAACAGCGGCACGGCGAUAGCCAAGUAUCAGCCGUCCCUUGGUCAGGAUACACUGAUGAAGAAUGGCCAGGCGAACAGUGUGUCCACGAAGCAGCACUGCAUCACGACCAUGAAAGAGUAUGAGGCCAAGUCGCUGGAGGAGCUGCGAAUGGAGGAUUACCUGGCGAACAGGAAGGGACCUCAGGCCGGAGCUGUGGGUGGCAUUUUUGGCACUGGCACCACAUCGACUGGGAUGUUCGGUGCUCCGGCGCAACAGCAGACAACCGGAUUGUUUGGCCAGCAGCCAGACAACAAGGGAUUGUUCAGCAACACCAAUCCCAUGACGGGAUUCGGCCAGACAAAUGCAUUUGGCGCCACCACGAGUCAACCGUCCGCUGGUGGAAUGUUCAACAAGCCAUUUGCCGCUCCCACGACAAGCACUUCCAGCUUCGGCUUUGGCAACACGACGAACAACACCACGUCAAAUCUGUUCGGAGCGAAACCCUUCGGUUCACCAGCAACUGGGAGUGUCUUUGGGGCUCCGCCAGCAAACACUGGCGCUCCUUCGGCCUUUGGACAGCCAAAUACGGGCUUCGGUGGCUUUGGUCAGACCAACACCAACCAGAACAACACGCUUUUCGGCGCGAGCCAAGACAAGCCAGCCUUUGGCAUGGCAGCCACGUCGAGUGGAUUCGGUUUUGGCACAAAUACCAACACCAUGGCCGGCGGAAGUCUGUUCCAGCCGAAGCCCAACACUGGCUUUGGCGCUCCAACCGGUGGCUUUGGCACCUCAACAUCGAUGACGUCUGGAUUUGGUGGUUUUGGACAGACAAACACUGGCGGCUCGCUGUUCAAUUCGUCCUUCAACAAGCCCGCCACAAGUGGCUUUGGUACGUUCGGGAAUCCAACUUCUAGCGCUCCGCUGGGUGGAUUGGGCACAAACACUGGUGGAUUGUUUGGUGGGGCGACCAACAAGCCGGGUGGAUUCUUCGGGAGCAACACAGGAACUGGCACGGGCGGAGGACUGUUCAACAACUCCCUGUCAUUUGGCAACAACAACUCACUGAUGGGUGGCUUGGGACAGAGCAGCUUGGGCAUUGGCGGCGCUCCGGCGCUGGGACAGAAUCAGCAGAACACAGUGCCUGUGCAUCAGCAAAUUCUGGCUCUCACCACUUCGCCGUACGGCGAUAAUCCCAUCUUCAAGGACCUCAAGCCACCAGUGGGCAUAACUGAGGAUUCACUGAAGCCCACAAAUCCGGCGGCACAGAAGGCGAUUCUCGAAUCGUCGUCCAGUCAGUUCAGAGUGUCGUCUGCCAAGAUCGACAGGGGCGUGAAGGUGAAGCCCAUUGGCAAUGGAUUGAGCAAGAAAUCACUGUUCGAGGGCUUGGAGGAGUAUGAUAGUUCGGUGGAGGAGAACUUCAAUCUGAAGCCAAAUGCUCGACGAUUGAUCAUCAGCAAGGGCGGCGUGACACCCAGCAAAUCCCUCAACGAUUCUGUCACUCAAUCACCGCAAGGAUCGCUCUUUGGUGCAGCUGAUAAGAGGAGAGUGUCGCUCAAUGUGACACCAGUUGUGCACCAAGACAAGGAGAAUCAGGAGAGCUUCAGGAAUGAAAUUCCCACAACAAUUCCCAAGGCUCUGGACAAUCCACGUCGAGUUUCGUGGUUGCACUCGAAUUUGGACAAGAACAGAGCGCGCAACAGUGAUGUGUACUUGGAGAGUACAAUUCAGGAGAUUGUGGCGGAGAAGAAGAAGUCGGAGAGUGCGAAGACGAGUGGCGUUUCGUCGGGCUCGAGGAUGUCUGGCCAGACGUUGAGUCAGGACAAGGAUGUGUCGUCGACGUCACGAGAGGUGUCCGAGGCGUCUGUGGCGGCUGACAUGAGUGAUGGUGAGGAGAUGCUGGAUCAAAUGACUGCCAACGCUGAGCCACAUCCCACGGGGAUUGUCCUGAGGCGCGCGGGAUACUAUACAAUUCCCUCCUUGGAGCAAUUGAUGGAUUAUCUCAAGGAGGACGGCACGUGUGUGGUGAAGAACUUCACAAUAGGCCGCGAGAGAUAUGGGAAUGUGUUCUAUGACGAGGAGAUGGACGUUGCCGGAUUGAAUUUGGAUGAGAAUGUGUUCUUCCGCCACAAGGAGAUUGUUAUCUAUCCGCUUGAUGAUCAGAAGCCACCCAUUGGCGUGGGUCUCAAUCGUCCGGCUCAAGUGACGCUGGAUCAAGUGUGGCCACACGAUAAGCAGACACAUGAGUCGAUCAAGGAUCCGGAACGGUUGCAGAGUCAGGGCUAUGAGGACUUCCUGAGGCGUGUGUGCAAGAAGCAUGACACGAGAUUCGUGGAGUAUCGCCCUGAGACGGGCAGUUGGGUGUUCAAGGUGGAUCACUUCUCCAAGUAUGGCUUAACGGAGAGUGACGAAGAGGGUGCUGGUCCAGUGGAUCCAGCCAAGAAGCCUAAGAUCUCAGCACCGCCGGCGCAAAAGACGCCACUGUCUGUGGAGAAGAGCAAGCAAUUGCCUGAAGUUCCCUUCUCAUCGACUGCGCUCUCUCAUCCGGACAUUGAUGAGCUGAGGCAGAUGACAAGCAUUGAGCGAUCCUUUGAGAUGGAGGACGAUUUCGACAUGGACUUUGUGCCGUCAUUCUCUCAAACACACCCCGUAAGUCCGUCAGCCUCAGUGGCGAUGGAAAUGGGCGCAAAGUCACACAAGUUGCAACUGAUGAAGGCGGCUUUCUUCGCUGACGAUGACUACGACAACAGAUCUGUGUGCACGGAUUCUAUGACGGGCAGAGAGAGUCCCGAUCAGGAUCAAAUUGUGCCGAGUCGUCACUUGGGCAGUCGCUUCUCCUCCAUGCAGAGCAUGUACAAGGGAUCAAGUGUGAUGAGUCUCCAGACGCAGUCAGAAGACACGCCAACUGUGAGCUACACUCCAGUUCGUGUGGCUCCAGUGACGUCCAAGGCGGACGUGGUGGAGAAGAGAAUUCCGCGACAAAUCAUUGAACCCAUGUACUAUCCACUGGUGGUGGAGCCAAAGAUUGCCAUUGUGAAUCCCGUGGGCACAAUCAUUCCCUGCGAGAGCUCAAUUGUGAGGCGACUGAGAGCGAAGUGUGUGGCUGACAGUGGAAUUCUGGCUGGAAGGCGCUUCAAAGUGGGCUGGGGCCCUCGGAAUGCCGUGAUGAUUCUCAGCAGUAAGCAUGCUGUUCAGGAUUUGGUGCGCGCAACCACAAGUCUCGGUGACUUUGCACCACUUCUCGCUGCACGGAAUGUGAAUGACAAGUCUCCGGCGAUUGCUGUGAGACUCGAAGUGGCUUCUGUGCUGCCAAUUCGGGCAUUCCACCGAUCGAUUCACAAGCAUUUGGGCAUUCAGCUGAAGUACUGCGAGAAGGUGAUUUUCUCGCCAAGUGAGUGUCCGCAGUUUCUGCCAGCGGGCGGAACGGAUCUCCUGUCUGAGCAUUGCCAGCUGGCGAGGGAGCAACAGAAGAUGGGCGAUCAGGAGAAGAAGUAUGGGCAGACUGUGUGGUCUCUGUGCGAGGCAUUGUGGGGCGAGGAGGAGGAGUUGCAGGGACAAGAUCCGGCUAGUCAUCUCACUGUUAUGCGACGCCGAGAACUGCUGUCCAACUGGCUGGAGGAAGUUGUGACGGAAAAAUCAUCGGGCAGUGCGGAGAAGUCUGACUAUUUGGAGUACUUGCUUCAACUUCUCUAUGCUCACAAAGUCACGGAGGCUUGUGAGUUGGCAUUCAUGAAGAGUGACAUGAACUUGUCUCUGCUCAUCUCCCAAUCUUCGGGUGGUCCAAUUGUGAGGCAACUCAUUCAGCAUCAGUUGGCGUCGUGGCAAGAAGUGGAGGCAGAUAAGUUUAUCAACGCCAAUCGCCUGAAGGUGUUUAUGCUAAUUGCGGGAAUUCCUCUGCUAUCGUCCUCCAAUGAGAGCUUGAAUGAGGGAAAAGGCGGAACUAUAAAUGUAUUUCAAGAUGUGGACUGGAUCACAGCUCUGGCGCUCAAUUUGUGGUACUUAUGCUCUCCGACUGCAUCAAUUACCGAUGCUCUGUUGAACUAUGAGAGUGCUUUCACGUCUGAAGAUGGUGUGGCAGCGGCGCCAAGACCACCUUACACGGAUUACGAGGUGAACAGUGCGAGUCCCAUUCAGGAUAUGCGCUAUCACUUGCUGAAGUUGUACUCCAAGAGGAGUCAUCGGAUCGAGACUCUCCUUAAUCCGGCCACACACACGGCAGACUCCAUGGAUUUCCGACUCAGUUGGCUGCUUUUGCAGACUCUGGACACACUUGGCUAUCAUCAUUGCUCGGAGAAGUCAGAGUGUCAGCUGCACACGUCCUUUGCCAGUCAACUGGAGAACUAUGGGAUGUGGCAUUGGGCGAUCUUUGUCCUCCUGCACAUUCGCAAUCGCGAGCGACGAGAGAUGAGUGUGCAGCAGAUGCUGUAUCGCUUCAUAAUGCUGCCCGGCGAGGGUGAUGCGGAGUACGAGGCCAAUGAGAGAUUUGUGGUGGAGCAGCUGCACAUCCCGGUCACGUGGAUUUGCUGGGCGAAGGCCGUGAGGGCGGGUGCCAUGAGGAAGCACCAGGAGCAGGCGGAGUUCCUUAUCAAGGCCAAGCAGUGGAAUUUGGCCCAUGAAGUCAUCAUGGAGCACAUCGCUCCGGAUGCAGUGAUUAAUGACAACAUCCCAUACUUGAUGCAGCUUCUUAGGGCGCUCAAGGAGACGAAAAAGAUCAUGAACUGGAGGAAUCAGGGUCAAAUCCUCUAUGAUUUUAUCGAUAUGAAUGAAAAGUUUGAAUCCUUCAAGUCGGUGGCGGAGAGUGAACUCGUGAGCCACUGGGAGGGAUUGAAGCCUCAGCUAGAUGAACUAUGUUCGCGAAUAAACCUCUUCCCGUGUCCGACGGCGAAGCAUCGCCUGUGCCAGAGUGAGAUCUCUCAGCGACUGGCCUGUCUCGUGCGCGGAGUGCUGAUGACGUCGCCUCAUCUCAAUCCCUGUCUGCUGAUCAAGGUGGCACUGGAGAAGUUGCCGCUGCCGCAGGAAUAUGCUCAGAAGGAGCUCAGGUUCUUCAUCGACUCCGUCAUGGUGGACACUUUUCAGCCAACAGACGACCAGAUGGAUGUUUAGUUUUUUUGGACUGUUUACAAAAUAAGUAUGUCAGAUUAUGAAAUUCACAGUUAGAAUGUUGGAAUUGAAUAAAAAAAAACUCUUCAUA